UCUCGUACAAACAUUUCAAGUCGUUUUACCUAAGCAGCCGAGUUACCUCUCUCGCUUGGUCUCACAGAUCAUUUGCCGGGACCGGAGAAUACAUGAUCUGGGGCAUCGAGUGCGCACACUUUUAUAGCCCGAUUUUAUCCAAGCUGAAUCGAGAAGGCUAGCUGCUGCCUGGCUCUUCUGUGGUUAUUUUUGGCGGUCCCCUUGCAGGAGGCCACAGGGCUCGUAUUAACGGUCUUGCGUUCUGCACGAUAGCAGACGGUGGCUUAGGGGGCCUCGCAUUGGCAUCCGUUAGUGGUACGUAUCAGAAUUUCUGUUUUUUGACGCCCUGCUUAUUGUGAACAGAUGACAAGUGCUGUAUUAUCUGGAACUUGGAAGAAGGCCCAACAGUGUGGAGCCGAAUACGUAAAUCGCAUCGACUUCUGACCGUGGCACGUCAUCCUCGAAUUGCUUCUGGUGUCCUCGUCUCCUCGGCUUCCGGAGAAAUAUUUGAGAUCCUCAUAACAGGAAAUCGGGCAGAAAAUGUUUCGAUCGAGCUUGCGGUUCCAGCUUGGGUGGCCGCCACCUGCGCAGGCACUAGGUUGAGCAGGGAGGGCGGAGCAGCGGACUGGAAGCCGGAUGAUCAAAUAUAGGGUUGGGGCAGUAUUCGGCCACAAGUGGUAUGUUUGGGACCUCAACCGUUUAUACGGUGUUACACCGACGAGCUCUGGGGAUGUCUCGACAUGGACAGGCCACUGUUUCAAGUGGGUCGAAUAUACUCCGCUUGCACUCGGUGCUGAUGGACGAUACAGAUGGUCGCCAGUCCAUCGUCACUUGUUUGCAAUUGCAUCUUUUGACGUAGGCAUCGAAGACACAGUGAAGAUAUAUGACACCAGAUUUCCUCAUAGUGCGUGAUCAUCAGCUGUGGGUUUCAUUAUCUGACGUUGGUACAGAACCGAUGACACCCCGUCUUCCAACAGCUGGAGAACGUGUCUCUGCC